GUCAAGCCACCACCAGGUGUAACAGAAGAACAAAUGGAAGAAUAUAGAGAAUCUUUCAAUCUUUUCGAUAAAAAUGGAGAUGGACACAUAUCAAAAGCAGAACUGAAGUCUGUGAUGAACUCCUUAGGGCAAAAACCAACGAAAGCAGAAAUUGAUCAAAUGGUAAAGGAAGUGGACACAAAUGCUGACGGUGAGAUUGAUUUUUCGGAAUUUGUAUCAAUGAUGAGCAAGCAGAAACCCACUUCAUGCGAGGAUAAAAUGAGGGAAGCUUUCAAUGUAUUUGAUCAAGACAGAAAUGGCUUCAUAACGGUUAAAGAAAUGAGGCAAGUUAUGAAAAAUCUUGGGCAAGAGCUGACGGAAGAGGAAAUCAAACUUAUGAUUGAGGAAGCUGAUCAAGACGGCGAUGGUCAAGUCAGCUUCGAUGAGAUUGGGGAUCUGAAAAUCUACUUCCUGGCCGCUUAG